CCGGCCGCCUGGCUUGCGCUGCGUGAGGUAAACCAGACAGACGAAUCCGCCCAUGCCUGGAGAUCUGGAUCUGGCUCGCUGACAAGGUGUCUCCCCCAAAGUCUCGGAUCCCAAUCGACCAGCACGAGUUUGAAGACUGCGUGUGACAAUUCCCAUCCCCCGUCGACGACAACGAUAACCUCCCCCUCCCAUAUCCGAACUCCACUCUGCACUCUAACAAUGCUGUCCAAUCCUCCCAUCGCCAGCAAUCUUCACUCGCGCCAACGGCAACACCGGCGGCAGAACUCGACGCCCACCGCGUUCGAGGCAGUGAAGAUCGCGCCCCUGCCCAGGUUCCACCACCAGCAGCACCGGCAACCGCACAUGUCCCACCGGAGGGGCCUCAGCCUGGACACGCACCGGCUGCAGGUCUCGCCGACGAGGGCAACGACGACCACCAGGCAGGACUACACCACGGUAAGUACCUCAACCACUAACAAGACAGGAUUAGCAACGACACCACAGCAUGUUCUGCGAGAAACGCAGCAGCAACGCAUAGCACGCCCGGGCCCCAGCCAGCCCCCAUUCGCGGCCGAAGAGGACGAGAACUUCCUCCUCUCGCCGCAUCAGACGCCGCACAGCCAACGAUACGUCAAUGCCCUCGCCAACCAGGGCCACAUGCAAGAAAUGGGUGGCCCCUUCGAUCCGUACGUCGGGGCCGUCAACGGCAUGUACAAGAAGAAGACCCGGCCGAAUUACCCCCACCACGGCAACAACAACAACGACAGCUGCAAUGCCGCGUCCGGCCAAGAAUUGGAUCUCUUCGCAGCCGACAGCGCCCUGUCCACGCCGACGUUUGUGAAUUUCCCCGACGGCGGCCACGCAGGGUCGCAGCAGGGCGGCUGGAUAUCCGAGGACGAGAGGGCGAGCCCCAAAGGGCGCAGGACGUCGCGCCGCAUCAGCAACGGCAUUGUUGACCGGGUUGCCAAGUUUGAGAGUAUGGGACACGGCGGCGUGGAAUCGGGGUCCACGCAGCAGAGGCCCGUAACGCCACCCCAUCAGAAUAUGAACAGCUACCUCCCACCCACCCCCAUGGAGACGCCCCAUGACCGCAUGAUGAAGCAUGACCCGUCGCGGCCGAACAGGUUCUCGGACGACUACGACGAGUCGAUGGAGGAGACGCUCAAGCCCGUCCGUGGCAAGAGGUCGAGUCAGCGAAGCUCCGACAUCUUCCAGGAGAUGCGGGAGCAGGCCGAGGGCAUUUCCCAGACGCCGCAGCGAUCCAAUGCCAUGUCCAUGGGAUACCACAAUACCAACGCGGCAGCGAUGCCGACGCCAGAUUUCAUGGACAUGAACAACCUGAACACCGAGUUCGUCAAGCUCGAACACACCUUCGACGGCAUGCCAGCCAACAAUACCAUCGACAUGUCGCCCGAGCUCUGCCAGCAGUCCUCGCCGAUGACUCCUCACAUGGGAGGUGGCUUCGGGCCCUCGGGGCCAUUUGACACCAAGCAGGACCUCCGGCACGCAGACUUCGAGUCCCAGAUCGCGGCGAUGGCGAUGCACGCGGCGCGGUCGCCCGAGUCGCACCACGGCUCGCACCACGGCUCGCACCAUGGCUCGCACCACCACCAGCACGAGCACCGGCGGACCGAGUCCCUCGCGUCCAUCGUCAGCGCGGCCAGCAUCUCAAGCAUCAACAUCGAGGAGACCAAGACGGAGACGGGGGUGACGGGCGACGACAUCGCGGCGUACAUCGAGGGGCCAGACCCGCGCGACGGCAAGUGGGCGUGCCUGUACGAGUCGUGCGGCAAGAAGUUCGGGCGCAAGGAGAACAUCAAGAGCCACGUGCAGACGCACCUCAACGACCGGCAGUACCAGUGCCCGACGUGCCACAAGUGCUUCGUGCGGCAGCACGACCUGAAGCGGCACGCCAAGAUCCACACGGGCAUCAAGCCGUACCCGUGCGAGUGCGGCAACAGCUUCGCGCGCCACGACGCCCUGACGCGCCACCGCCAGCGCGGCAUGUGCAUCGGCGCCUUCGACGGCAUCGUGCGCAAGGUCGUCAAGCGCGGCCGCCCGAGGAAGCACCACAGGCCAGGGAUGGACGAGCGCCGCGACAAGCGCGAGCGCACCCGCCGCAAGAACACGGCCUCCAGCUCCGCCACCGCCAGCGGCAGCAACAGCAACAGCCCCAGCUCGGCGAGCAGCCAGUCGGGCUACUCGGACAGCUCGGGCGCCAACUCGCCGGCCCACGACAACGACAACGACCACGACUUUGACGGCAUGCUCGACGACAGGCCGUUCCCCGAGAUGAUGAGGGCCGCCAUGGGCGGCCCGGACUCGGCCUCGAUGGACGUCCCCACCACCGUGACCAUGGACCCGACCGACCUUGCCGUCUCCUCGUCGGCUCCCAUGCCGACCCUGGAAGGCAGUAUGGACAUGUCCGAGGUCCUGGGCGUCGUCACGCCGGAGGAGAUCCACUCACCCUCAGCGCGGAGCAACUACUCGCACAUGUCGCACGCCUCCAUCGGCGGCGGCGGCGAAUCCACCAACUGCCACGGCCUUCCCACGCACCCCGGCUCCCCGGCCAAGAGCGUCGCCAGCCACUACACGCACCAGCCUGGGACGCCGCCAGGCCUGUCGGCGGCGUCGUCCAGCUCGCCGCCCGCGACGACGGACGCGGCCCACCACCACCACCACCACCGCUUCUUCAACCUGGACCCCAACUCGAGCGGCCUCUCGGACGACGCGUCCAUGGGGCUCGGUGGAGGCAUGGGCGGCGGCGGCGGCGGCGGGGGCGGCAUGUCCGGCAUGUCGCUCGAGGACGACAUGCUGCUGUUCGCCAGCGAGGGCGGGCUCGUCCAGCUGGAUCGCGACAUGAUGCUCGGGGCCAAGUUCGACGACGAUUACGACGCCGUUGCCAUGUUCACUAACAGUGACGACGUCUUCUUCGGCAGUGCCUGAGAGUUCGUGAUCCUCGAUU